GAUUCUGAGAGGUUCGAAUAUUCAGUCAUUUCUGGUCAUCUCAACCUCACUGAACAGUAACUGCAAAAUCAUCAUUGUCAAAAUGAACAAAGUAAUUCUCGCCGUAUUCUUGGUCCUGUGCGUUGUUGCACUUUCCGUCUCACUCCCAGUUGAAGAGCAACAGCAGGCAGCUAUUCCUCUGGUACCUCAUGAGGCUGGGGAUGAGACUGAUGGGGGCGAAAUCAGAGAAAAGCGACAAUUUUUCGGAGGAUAUGGCCGACGAGGCUUUGGGAGACGCGGCUUUGGGGGCUACGGAAGAGGCUACCGUGGAUAUGGUGGAUAUGGUGGAUAUGGAUUCUAUGGAUAAGCCUAAACUUGAUGGAAAAAUCAACCAAGCCAUUUUUUCUACACGUUGCUAAACCAAAAUGGCAAUCUGGCACUUAAUAAUUUGUGAUACUACUCAACCAUCUUAACCAUAUUCGUUUUCAUAUUUGAACAAAAUUAUUGUAUGAAAUAAAUUAUUGUUCUUUUUGAAAA